AUGGAGGGCACGGCGCCCCCGGGCCGGCGGCGGCCACCGAGGGUGAGCAUGCAGGAGCACAUGGCCAUUGAUGUGAGCCCCGGCCCCAUCCGGCCCAUCCGCCGCAUUUCCGACUACUUCCCGCACUUCUACGCGUUUGCUGAGCCCGCGCUGCACACUCGUGACCAGCGCGCUCCGGCCAUCCUUUCUGCACCCCCGCCGCAGCCUGACCCAGAGCCACCGGGAGACUCAGACGACAGCACUGCGCUGGGCACCCUUGAGUUCACACUUCUCUUUGAUGCGGACAACAGCGCCCUGCACUGCACUGCCCAUCGCGCCCAGGGUCUCAAGCCACCGGCCUCAGGUUCUGUUGACACCUACGUCAAAGCCAAUCUGCUGCCAGGGGCCAGCAAGGCCAGCCAGCUUCGGACCCACACCGUUCGGGGUACAAGGGGACCUGUCUGGGAGGAGACACUCACCUAUCAUGGCUUCACCCGCCAGGAUGCUGGGCGCAAGACCCUGCGGCUGUGCGUGUGUGAAGACCCUCGGCUGCGGCGACGGCGGCGGGCACCACCCCUGGGGGAGCUGCGGGUGCCCCUGAGGAAACUGGUGCCCAACCGAGCCAGGAGCUUCAACAUCUGCCUGGAGAAGCGGAGGCUGACCAAGAGGCCCAAGAGCCUGGACACAGCCCGGGGCAUGUCCCUGUAUGAGGAGGAGCAGGCAGAGGCCGAGACGGCUGGGGAGGAACGUGGGCGCAUCCUGCUGUCCCUGUGCUAUAGCUCCCAGAGGGGGGGCCUGCUGGUGGGCAUUCUGCGCUGUGCCCACCUGGCCCCCAUGGACGCCAAUGGCUACUCUGACCCCUUUGUCCGCCUUUUCCUGCAUCCAAACUUGGGGAAGAAAUCUAAAUACAAGACCAGUGUUCGGAGGAAGACCCUGAACCCUGAGUUCAAUGAGGAAUUCUUCUACGCAGGCCCCAGAGAGGAGCUGGCCCAGAAGACACUGCUGGUGUCUGUGUGGGACUAUGACCUGGGCAUGGCAGAUGACUUCAUCGGUGGGGUGCAGUUGAGCAGCCAGGCCAGCGGGGAGCAACUACGCCACUGGUGUGAGUGCCUGGGUCACACAGACCACCGGCUGGAGCUGUGGCACCCGCUGGACGGUGUGCCCCACCAGCUUGGUGACAAGCCAGUACAGGAUCCUGCUUGCAGACCUGCCCCACAGUGGCCAGGACACCCCUGA